GCCGCGGCCUGGACGUUCGACGGGUCGUCGCUGGUGCCGCCGUCGCCGAUUGUGCCGCGCACGCCGACCAGCGUUUCCCGCACUAUGCCGCCGCCGCAGCUCAAACUGGCCGACGCCAAUAACGGAAGGCGCCCGGCGCCGCAGCUCCGCCUGACUGAGAACAAGGAACAAGCCCAGGUGAGCGCCCGGCGAAGCGCCGGCGGCAGCCGGCCGGCGAUGUGUUCACAAGGCUCACGCGCAAGCGGCGCCGGCACAGCUCCAGCGACGACGACGACGGGUCGGAGGGCGCAAAGGCGGGCAAAAGCGCAAUGCCUGCUAUGUCUCCGCGCCCGCCCCCCAAGGAGCCGUCGGACGACCUGGACGAGUCGUUUGCGUCGGCGAGCAGCUCGGGCACGAACAACCCGCGCCACGAGCCGCCGCCCCCGGCCGCACAGCCCGUCAAGGGCAUUCUGAAGACCAGCAAGGCGUCGGGAGCACCCGGCCCUGUGCGGUUCGGCAGCGCGCGCCGGAAAUCCCGCCAUGCGCAGCGCCCGCCCCCCGGCACCCGCGCAAAGCCCGCCACGCCCACCAAGACCACGCCCACCACGCCCACCGUGACUGCGCGUGAACUGACCUUCCGGUCGCUGGGCGGCGCCAAGAAGCCCGGCGCGUCAGUAAACUAAUCUUAUUCUUGUGUAUCUUUUUUAUUUGAGUCUGUGGUAC